AUGACGAACAUUUGCGAUCAUCCAGAAAAAUUAUACGAAGAGCUGCGGCUGGUCCGCGGAUUGGAUCGUCAUACUUAUAGGUAUCUCUACCCGAUCCAGCUUCUCGUGACCCUUGUCGGCAAUGUACUAAUUAUCUCUGUCCUGCUGCGAAGCCAAGUCAAAAAUCGAGCCAACCACCUCCUAGCCCUGCUGGCCUUGUGCGACGCGAUGGUGUUGAUCCUGCUCUUCCCCCAGUUCCUGGCCACCCUGCCCGGUGUCCAGGACUCGAACUCCUAUCGAGUAUUCUAUAAAAAGAUCAUGGUCCAGGUGCAGGCGCUAAGCAACUGGUUCAGCGCGGCGGCAAUUUGGUUUGUGCUGGCAGUGUCGAUCGAGCGGCUGGUCGUCAUCAAAUUCCCAUUUCGGUCGCUCAACAAUUUCAAUAAUAAGCAAAGUGUCGCGAUGGCGUUCGUCGUUUUUGCUGGGACAUUUUUGCUAACCAGCUAUCACUACAUUUCCUAUCGCUGUGAGAUGCGAGAAUUCUGUAACGAGACCCUGGUGCGGGUCAGCUGCUUCCCAGCUGGUCUUGAAUACUUCCAUAAAAUCUACCGUAUCCCGUUGCCCUCAGAAGCCAGAUUGUCCUUCAUCCACUACGCCACCGUCCUCAACACGAUAUUCGCGGUGCUGGGACCAGUGGUGGCGGUUGCCGUGCUAAAUGUUGCCCUGCUGAGACUUAUCAAGAACCGAAAUUCCCAGGAGCUGCUCGCCAAUUGCCAUCAGCACAAGGGACCUUCGGCGCAGAUUCAGCAGGAGCGGAGAAUGACGAGAACGGUGAUGGCCAUCGUCACAUGUUUCACCGUAACGCAAGCACCGUCGGCGUUGUUUGCCCUCCUUCGGAGCUACAUUCUACUGCCGCCACGCGUUGCCGAUAUCGUACCGCCAAUCACAAACAACCUGGUGCUGAUCGGGAAGAUGUGCAACGUCGUUUUGUUCUGCAUGACGUCGUCGAUAUUCAGGAGGAGGCUUCUGCUUUCGUUGCGACUGUGGACGGGCGGUAUAUUCGGGAAGGAGCGGAGGAAGACGCUGUUGAGUACGCGCUCCCUCUCCCGCUCCCUGCUCACCCAGAAGACAUCCGUCGUCCACUCGCCUUCCAUCAGGGUGGUGCCCCGAAGAACGUCCGAAAUGAAGCGGAUGGAGUCGUUCAACAUGCAGCUCGUCCACCGCCCAGACGAUGCUCAAUCGCGCCUCGAACCCGAACGACCCGGGGAACACCGAUUU